AUGGAUAACUUAACAAUUUUAACACAAUGCGAAGAUAAGACCUGUUGCUGUUUAUCUCUUCGGAGCACUGCCGUCCUUAUAUCUUUUGUUAGUUUGAUUAGCUGCCUCUUGGAUGUUUUAUUGAAGGAUUCAAAUUCAGAAAAUACUUGUGUUAUCAGGGAGCAUGUUGACUCGCUGAAGAUCCUUUUACUUUCCCUGUUUCAAAUGGCCAACGUGUUACUUCUUAUUGGUUCUAUAGUUGAGAAUGCAUUAUUACUACAAAUAUAUCUAUGGUAUAUGCUGGGUUUCAUCCUUAUUGGAUUCAUGGUGACUAUUCUAGACUUCUGCCUUCGUACCAAAGAUGAAGGCUUGUGGAGUUUUGCCACUUUUAUUCCAGAAGUUAUUUUCUUAUUUGGUAAG